ACCGAAAGAAGAGAGCAACACUACUAAGCAGCAGCAAUGGGGAAGGUAAGUGAAGGAAACGGCGGAGGUUGCGGCGGCGGAAGAAAAGAAGGGGCAUAUUUGUUGGGUCCUCCGACCUUCUCGGAACUCCCCAACGGCAGGCUCAAGUGCGUUGAAACAGGGCACGAGAUGGUUGUGAAAGACAAGGAUUCCUAUGCUCAGAGCAAACGUUGUCGUUUAGGCCUCAUCGAGUUUGGUUUAUCUCACUCCAAGCCCCCUCUCAACAUGUUCAAACAAGACCCUCUUUCCCGUUCGAAGUUGAUUUGUAAACUAACCGGAGAUACGGUUAAUAAGUCCGAGGAGCAUAUUUGGAAGCAUAUCAAUGGGAAACGAUUUCUCAAUAAAUUAGAGCAAAAGGAAAUGGAGGAGUUAAUGGGUGAAACCAUGGCCGAAGAAGACGAGAAGAAGCCAAAGAAAGAAAAGAAGAAGAAGAAGAAGGAAAAGGCAGUGGAAGAAAUUAUCUCUGAAGUUAGGGAUUCAGCUGAAAAUGAAAGUGAUUCCGAAGAACUUGAGUUUUGGAUUCCCCCUGUAGGUGACCGUUGGGACUUUGAUGACGGAGGGGACCGAUGGGGUUCUGGUUCAGAGUCUGACCAAGGUGAUGACGAAAACGAACCAGAGGCUGUGGACGAAGAACGUGGGAAGGAGUCCGAAGAGCUUUCAAGACGAGCAAAGAGAAUCUCCAUCGAAAUUGAACUGAGCAGCUUUGCAUCGAGGAAGAAGAAGAGUAGGAAAAACGCAAGCUAAGUUACCCUUUUGCCU